AUGGAGUGGGUCUACGUCAAAGGGAUCCAGCGACUCCCUUAUGGACUCGUCAGAAAGACGUUCCAUAGCAUCAGCAUUCCAAGCCAAGAGAUCGCCGACAUCUCGUUCCCAGAGAUGACGUUGUUUUCCGGGAACGAUAUCGACGAUCUCGCGGCUGGGGAUGCUGAUGCUAUGGAACGUCUUUCUGACGAGUCCAUAAGGGAGUCGCUGGAUCCCUUUGACGUAGACCCACUCCAUUCGGUUCACCUUCUCGCGGAGGGAGAGGCUCUGGACGUGCUCUGUGGCCUUGGCGAUGUUGGCCUUGAGAGCCUCACUCCGAUAUACCUCAACACUCCACAGACCCGUACCAUAUAUGCCAAGUACCUUGCCGACUCCCCCGAUCCAAAUCACCAGUCCCAAAGUGCCAGCAUCCUUGCGAGUCCCGAGAUAGUAGCGUUCCUCGAGGAUCAGACAAGACAGAUCGACGAAGCCAGAAAGCUUGAGGAGGCGAGAAGGAUUGCCGAGGAGGCCAGGGCAGUCGAAGAGGACAGACGUACGUCCAGAUUCCAUCUGUCCGUCAAAACCUCAUCCAAGAAGCCCCACGACCUCCUCAAGAAGCUGUUCCACUGAGUCUGAUUUGCCGCACUCGCAUCUUCAUUCAGCAAAACCAGAAAAUACCAAGCCGCAACAAAAUCUAGUUACAUGUCAUCGACUCUGACACGAAGGAAGCAACUGCAUUUGCAUGGCGACCUCAUUCUUCAGCCCCUGAUCUUUGUUACUGGAGGUCAUUGCAAAUCUUUUGAGCUUUUGUGGACUGAAUUGAUCCGCUUGAAUGCACCACCAUCGCGGCAACUGUGGUGCCUACUUGCAAUACAGUCCAGAUCGCACUUGA